AUGUCCAUCCUUCUCCAUGGAGACGCAGCGUUUGCAGGUCAGGGUAUCGUCUAUGAAACGUUCCAUCUGUCAGACCUGCCGUCAUACACCACGCACGGCACCGUGCACGUAGUGGUCAACAACCAGAUCGGGUUCACCACAGACCCUCGUAUGGCUCGCUCAUCUCCGUACCCGACGGACGUGGCCCGUGUGGUCAACGCUCCGAUCUUCCACGUGAACGCCGACGACCCCGAGGCGGUGAUCUACGUGUGCAAGGUGGCGGCGGAGUGGAGAGCCACGUUCCACAAGGACGUGGUGGUGGACCUGGUGUGCUACCGCCGCAUGGGCCACAACGAGAUGGACGAGCCCAUGUUCACCCAGCCGCUCAUGUACAAGCAGAUCAAGAAGCAGAAACCCGUCCUGCAGAAGUACGCCGAGAAGAUCAUCGCUGAGGGGGCCGUGAGCCGCCAGGAGUACGAGGAGGAGAUCUCUAAAUACGAUAAGAUCUGUGAGGAGGCGUACGCUCGCUCCAAAGACGAGAAGAUCCUCCACAUCAAGCACUGGCUGGACUCUCCAUGGCCCGAUUUCUUCACUCUGGACGGUCAGCCUAAAUCGAUGAGUUGUGCUUCCACCGGUCUGACUGAAGAGAACCUGAACCAGAUCGGACAAGUCGCCUCCUCCGUCCCUGUGGAGGAUUUUACCAUCCAUGGAGGUCUGAGUCGCAUCCUGAAGCACCGCGGGGAGAUGGUUCGGAACCGGACGGUGGACUGGGCUCUGAGCGAGUACAUGGCCUUCGGAUCGCUGCUGCAGGAAGGGAUCCACGUCCGCCUGUCGGGACAGGAUGUGGAGAGAGGAACGUUCAGCCACCGUCAUCACGUCCUCCACGACCAGAACGUGGACAAGCGGACCUGCAUCCCCAUGAACCACGUGGCCCCGGACCAGGCGCCCUACACCGUCUGCAACAGCUCGCUGUCGGAGUACGGCGUCCUCGGGUUCGAGCUCGGCUUCGCGAUGGCGAGCCCCAACGCGCUGAUCCUCUGGGAGGCCCAGUUCGGAGACUUCCACAACACGGCCCAGUGCAUCAUAGACCAGUUCAUCUGCCCCGGCCAGGCCAAGUGGGUCCGCCAGAACGGCAUCGUGCUGCUGCUGCCCCACGGCAUGGAGGGCAUGGGUCCGGAGCACUCUUCAGCUCGUCCAGAGAGAUUCCUCCAGAUGUGCAACGACGACCCCGACGUCAUGCCGACCAUCACCGAGGACUUCGCGGUGCGUCAGCUGUACGACUGUAACUGGAUCGUCGUGAACUCGUCGUCUCCUGGAAACUACUUCCACGUCCUCAGAAGGCAGAUCCUGCUGCCCUUCAGGAAGCCGCUGAUCGUCUUCACUCCCAAGUCUCUCCUGCGUCACCCUGAGGCCAGAUCCAGCUUUGAUGAGAUGCUGCCGGGGACCCACUUCCAGAGGCUGAUCCCAGAAGGAGGAGCAGCAGCUGAGCGUCCGGAGGAGGUGAAGAGGUUGAUCUUCUGUACGGGGAAAGUUUACUACGAGCUGACCAAAGAGAGGAAGAACCGAGGGAUGGAGGGCACGGUGGCCAUCGCACGCAUGGAGCAGCUGUCCCCCUUCCCCUUCGACCAGGUGAAGGCGGAGUCGGAGCGGUUCUCCAACGCGGACCUGGUCUGGUGUCAGGAGGAGCAUAAGAACCAGGGUUACUAUGACUACGUGAAGCCUCGCAUCAGGACCACCAUCCAGAGAGCCAAGCCUGUGUGGUAUGCGGGGAGGGGGCCGGCUGCUGCUCCCGCUACAGGAAAUAAAAACACUCACGUGACGGAGCUUCGGCGUUUCUUGGACGCGGCCUUCAACCUCGACGCGUUCAAGGAUCAGCAGUAGACCUCUGACCUCUCACCCCUGACCUGCCUGACCUGCCUGACCUUUGACCCCACACACUCCUGGAUCCACCGCUCACACUCAGACACACAAAUACACACAAGUACACACACAAGUACACACACACAUACUACUGACUACUGCAGAUACUGUAGUAUUAAUGUUUUGGUCUCUUGGAGUUAGAACUUCUCCUAAAAUCUCCUGUGUCAGAGUUACACACACACACACACACACACACACACACACACCACACACACCAACGUUCCUCCGUCCACACACACACACAUACACACACACAUACACACACACACACACACACACACACACACACACACACACACACACGCACGCAGCAGGUCAGCGGUUUUUUUACAGAGCAGACGGUUCAGAACACAAAUACAGAGUGACUCCUCCUGUUUCCCUUUCUCCUCUUUACUCCAUCAUCAUCAUCAUCAUCACCUCCCCCCCUCCCUCCUCCUCCUCCUCCUCUUCCUCCUACACC